AUGUUUGCAACUAGGUCAAUUGGGCGGAAGGCCUUAAAUAUUCGGAGGUGGACCCAGGCCCGUUUCGUUUCUUCACUAGAGGGCAACCCUCACAUCUAUGUAUUCCCUAGUGAAGGACCAAACAACUCUCAUAUCCUUUCACUCUUAUCUUCUGAGCCUGUCAACCCAGAUCUUGCCAUUGGAGUCACCAACAAGCUACCGCCUACACCAGACUCACUUACGGAGAACCCCAAGUUCCUCGGCAUUCUCCAAGAAGUCUUCGCCAAGCAUGCGCAUGAAGAUCCAGAUGCACAAUCCCAAGCCCAGGUCAUGGUUUCAACCGCUGGGGCGAACCUCUACACUGGAGGUGUCUUGAUGCCCAAUCGGGGAAACAGAAGGCGCACUGAAACGGGCGACUCUAGCGGUGGAGCUAGUGGCCAGGGUGGUGCUGGUGGUGGCGGUAAAGGCGGUUGGAUUCACAUUUCAGACAGCAGAAGACCCCCUGAGUUUGGUAGAAUUGCAUGGCCAGAGGAUAUCUUCGGCAGUCUAGAGGUGGAUGGAAACGGUCAAUUCGUUGGUGGUGACGGCAAAUAUCAAACCAGUGGCACGUACAGAAUGGUCACUCGGAAUGGAAUCUUGGGAUUGACCCCGUUCCUCAGAGAAAAGCUCGUUCAGCGACUUCAGCAACUGGACAAGCAAUAA